AUGUUUAAUUAUUGCAGAGAUUUAAUGGACACUAAUUCAUUUCAGAUGUCAAAAUCCGCAGCCGUUUGGAAUACAGCCUUCCUUCUGCUGUUCUGUGGAAUUGAAGUCGCACGUUCUCAAUCCAACUAUGCCUCGCAGGCUAAUAAUGUGGAGUAUAUCGGCGAGGGACUGCCCGAGAACGCUUUGCUUGAUGGCAAGGUGACGAAACUAGACGAUUUGAGUCCCAUAAUCUUCCUGAAUCGAACAAAAGCGGCUUUAUAUUGCGGAGCUGGAUCUAUGCAGAUCGAAUUGAAGUUCAACGAGCCAUUUUUCGGAAUAGCUUAUGCAGACUUUGAUAGGAAUUCUGCCUGCACUGUGGCUGGAAAUGGUGAUUUGAGUUACAAACUCGAAUUGCCUCUGAAAGGAUGCGGUACCAGACAAGAUCCGCAACGUGUUUUCACAAACAACAUUGUCGUACGUUUCCAUCCAAAUUUGGAAAUCGAAGGCGACGAAGUUGUGACCAUUGUGUGCAGAUAUCCUCCUCCAAUAGCUCCUCCGCCAGCUGGUGUCCCAAAUUUCAUUCAGAAUAUUGUUCCCGCUGCCGCUUUAGAACCUCCACUUAAAGGUUUCCAAAUUCUUCUGAUAAUAUGUGCUAUUAUGUUCUUGUCGCUGUUACUUCUUGGAUUGGCUAUAUCUUAUUAUUGCUUGAGAAGAAGACCCAUCGUUAUACCAAGGCAACCAUUAUCAAUUGGCAGUGGAAGUGAAAUUACAAAACUAUCUGGCAGUUCAUUGGGUAACAUAUCUAUGUUCGAAGGACUCAAGAUACCUCGAGCUCAUGCUCCAGUUCAGGCUGCAGCAAGCAGUUCAGGAAGCGAAGGUCCCCUCAUCAGUGACACCAUUCCAAGUGAUUAUCCGAGCGAAUCCCACUCCGAAGUCGAAGAUGCCGAAACGCGAUCUCUACCAGUUAGUUCAGCAGGUAGUUAUGAAAAUAGAGCUUACGUACAGGACGCAAGCAGCUUCUACAGCGAAGGCUACGGUCAUACGCAGGAAUUGCAAGCCGCAAAUGCUACAGCUACACAAGCUGUUGUACCUCGUUUACCUCUUGCCGUGAAAAUGGAAGCACCCAAAUUUGACGUUCAAGUCCGAGUUAAACGUGCUCCGCCACCGCCGCCGUCACCAACAUUGACAAGCGACACUGAAUCUGUAGCAACUACAACUAAUGGUCGUACAAAUCUAGACACUAUCAUAGAACAUCGCGAAGAACGACCAGUUGAAUCGCCCCCAAGAUCGGAAACAUUUACUUACACACCAGAUAUACAUCAACCGCCAAGGCAUGCCCAAACACCACCGGUGUACUCAAGGAUAUUAAGAAAGCAACAAGAGCAACAAGAACGUGCACCAUGGCCUGAAGAAUAUGUCGAUGCACCUCCGAUAUCAUCAGCAAGAUCUAUUGCUUCUCUUAAUACAGAAAUGACUGAUACGCACUCAGUUACGGAAAUGGUAGAUGACUCUCACAGUAGACUAUUUGUCAAAGAAAGACCUCCACCCACGGAACGAUUCAGUACUACACUAGAUAUUGAACCUGAAAUACAUGAACCGCCAAUCGCAAUUACAAGAAAACCUGAAAUUUCCACACACACUGUGGAUGAUGUAUAUUUGAGAACCAUAAAGGAGAAACGUACUAUUGAGGACGUUGAAAGAUACAAACGUGUAGUGACGGAGUACACAACUAAGCCUAAGAUAGUCGAUACUAAAUGGGAUGUUACCAUCCGGAACUAUCCGGGAAGUGAAAUGACUGAUACACCCGACUGGGAGAAUUUCUCAGAUAUAUCCUCUGCCUCAAACAUGACUUUGACACCGAAAUUGGAACGUGCGGAAUUAUCUUUACCACCUCCAAUUUCUGACAGCGCGAAAAAAUUGUACAGUCCACAAUUAGUUGGAAGCAUUGAUCAGCACGGAGCGCCACCACAGCAAGGCAUACUCAUUGCUCCUUCUCAGCCAAGAUAUACUUCAAUUGUCGACAUACCACCAGAGGAUCCAAGCGUUCCUAAUUGGAACGUUCUAAUACGAGUUCUGAAACCUAUGGAAAUAGAUAUUAACGACUUUGAACAAACUACAGAGUCUCUUACAAUAGAAGAUAAGGUGAAAUGGAGGCACAUUAUCACUACAGAAAGUACUCUACGUACAAUGUUGACUAAAGCUGAAGUGAGAGAAGAUUUCGAACGCAUUCGUCAUGAUGUACGAUAUGAAAAUAUGUUUGAACCACACAAGUGGGACGUUAUCAUAAGAAUUUUAGCGCCUCCACAGAACAAACCUGGCGGAAGAUAUAGAAAGAAGAGUGAUUGGGAUAACAGAAGUCGCAGAAGUAGUUUGCCAACUUUAUACGAGUACGACAGCGAUGGAGCAAGUUCAGUCAGAACACUAGGACAAGAUCCGGCUUUGCAUUUACCGCCUCGAUCAAGAAGGACUUCACGUUCUAGUUACCGAAGCGAUAACAUUGAUAUGAGAUCAAUGUCUGAAAUGACUGUAGAUUUUGCACGUCCUGAUCGUUAUGAUUCAAUGUCUGAAUCAUCUAGCUACCAUUACCAGCCAGGUGCUAGCAGGUACUACGAUCCAGAAUCAGAUCCAGAUAACGAUUUCAGAUCUGAACAGCGUAGUAGCUUAGCGCGGUCGUUGAGUCAACCAAGUCUGGUUCGCUCCGCAAGUGAAUUUACAGAGAGAUGGAUAGCUCCUGGGGUUUACCAUCAUGCUGAUGACUCAGGUAGCGAACAGUCAUCUCCCAUAGCUACACCAAAGAGCGGACGCAGCGACAAACUAAUGGCCGCUGGUCCAUCAUCUUACGGAAUUAUGAGUACAUUCAAACCAGCAAAAAGCUCAGCUCCAGGACAGAAGGCUACCAGCAGCGCUUGGCGUGAGAGUGGAGCCGAGACCAAGGAACAAGAACUUCCCGGAGGUGGUAAAAUGAUCACUCAAUCACAAUUCGUCGCGGAGAGUUCCACGCAAUAUAGAAGUGGCUGGUAUGGAGAUGCUGAUAGUGAAAUGGACCGUGAAUGGCGACGCGCGCGGCCGCGUCUCCAACGUUCAGAGCGCGUUCAUAGCGGUGAUAGCGGCGGAUCUCCAGCCUAUAGUCCCUGGGAAGUGUUCGUCCGAGAAUCGCUCUUACAACUGGCAUGGCCUAUGUCGCUUAGUAGCGACAGCAACUCUCCACCGUAUUCGCCGUUGCAUGCUGCGGUUGCCCAUCCCGAAGUUCGGGCGAGGUGA